CGAUUUGUCUGCAGAGCAUUAUGCAGGCGACCUGCUCAAGAGCACCCGAAGUCCGGAAAGAGCACCUUGGAGCUGUCAAAGAGCUCGAUCGAGGGGCUUCAAGCAAGCUGCAGAUAGGGUCGCCGCAGUUAAGCAAGGACCCUUCAUUGCAAUAACUUCUUUGAGUUUUCUGAGUUGGGCCAUGUAGUGCGGGCCCAUUUUAUGAUCGACUUCCAUUAAAAGUUGGAAAGCUUGAGGCGUGGACAGGCAUGGCUCCUGAACUGAUUGAGAGAACGGCCUCCUCACAGCUGGCGACAAAAGCAGCUCAGCGACCGAAGGAGAAUGCAGUUCGCCUGGGAGACAAAAGUGGCAAGGUUGCAACUCCAGACUUGGUAGCAACGAAGUUAUGGCAGCAUCCAUUUGUGAACAUCUUCAAGUACGCGGGAGUGGAACGCUGGACAAAUGCGUCUUAUGAAGGCGACAUCCGCCUAUACAUUGAUAGAACAAUCGGCAAGAUGUGCUAUCGCAUCUCAGGCAGCAUCCCUGCCAAGAACUUCCUUCAGAUCCCCAAGAAAAAGACAGACUCCCUGGCCCUCACUGGCCGCUUCUUGUACGCGAUGAUAUGCGUGCAACCGUCCAAGAUGUUUGUGAUGCACUUUGAUUUGGUGGUGGAGGAGGGCUUCACAGUGCGGCUGUCUGUCAGCAAUAUCUUCAAGGCCGACGAACAGGACACCAAGACAAUCAAGCUACGGUACGAACCACCUUCCGACAAGUGGACAGUACUCGGCUUCGAUCUGAGGAGCAUCCUGAAAGAGCGGACCGGCCGCGCCUACCGCUGCUUGAAGGGCAUGCAGUUUUGCUCAAGGAUGCUUGUGAAAAACGCCUACACGUCUGACACCAUCUACGACCCUCAGACCCUCCCCCGCGACAUGAUGCUGCUGCAGAGCAGCAAGGCCGAUCAAGUCACAGCCUGGCAGUGGCUCCCCAACCCUCCCCGCUCAGAAAGAACUCCUCUUCCUAGUCGGCCCCACAGCAGGGCGGCAUCCUUUUCCGCAGAGGACUGCAAAGAGAACGUGGAGCACAGUCAAGCCACCCCCUCACCAAGCCCUCCCCAAAUAAAAGUAGUCAAAGCAGGGCCGGAAAGCCCGGCUUCGGUUCUAGAGCCGCAGAUUAGGCCGGUCGGGAAAGCACGACCAAACAGGGUCAUUGCAAACCCGUUGCCAAACCCGAGCCCGGACUUAGCGCGAAGCCGGCCUCCGAGCAGGCUUGGAUCCGAGGCUCGCCUUUUCGUACAGCGGGACCCCCUAUUGGGAAUUGAAGUAGGAAAUCUGUCUGACCGGGAAAGUGCGCAUGAGGCCAGUCAGAGCUCGAGCCAAGAGAAACCUGACGCGACUUCUUCGGACAGAAAAGAUACCGAGUCUGAGGGAUGUGCUGACGUACCACGUGUCCGAGUCGUUCGCCACGAGCCGAGCCCGCAGGCAAGCGGAGACGGGGAAGAGGCUGACGUCAAGGAGGCUGUGGAAGCUGACGUGAGCGAGUCUCCGGAAGCGAGGGACGUCUUCGUGGUGGAAGAGCCGGGGGUGGCGGAGACACCUGUGGACGCUCGCCAGCAGCCGAGCGUUUCUCGGGAGCAGAGCAGAUCAGGAGCCGCACCGAUUAUGGAGCUCGAUAAGGUGGUCGGCUUCUCGGGUCAGCGGACGGGCAACGUGCUGUACUCACCAGAUGGCUCCGCCGUGGUCUUCCCCUGCUCCAGCACCAUCAUUGCAAUGGAUCCAGCCACAGGUUCCCAGCGCUUCUUCCUGGGCCACUCCGCGCCCGUGUUCGCGCUCGCGUUCGACGCAAAGGGAUCCCUCCUGGCGUCCGCUCAGGAGGGCAAGCACGCCGUCAUCCGAGUUUGGGACUUCGCUUCGGGCACGUGCCUCGCCGUCCUCAUGACGCACGCCAGCGGGCUGACGUCAGUGGACGUGUCGGCGGACGGGAAGGCCCUGCUGGGGGUGGGCCUCGAUCAGCAUGCCCGCCAGCUGAUUGUCGUGUGGGACAUUACGCCCCUCCCCGGAGGCAACCGGGCAGUCGUCCUGGCCCGGCACACCACGGACCACCACGUCCUCACUGCACGGUUCUCGCCGCUGGAGGACAAUCACCUCAUGACCUGCGGCAGGAACAGCAUCAGGUCAUAUCGCCUCAAAAACGGGCAGCUCAAGGGCUGCUCGGUCAACCUGGCGGAGCACCGGCAGCAGGCGCUGCUCAAGCACAGCGACAAAGGAUCGUCCGCGGAGAUUGUCUUUACCGACCUGGCCUUUCAACUGGGUUACGGGCUCACCGAGCUAUACGAGAAGCGGGUCUACGUCUCCACUUCGUCGGGGUCGGUCUUCCAGGUCAACUACGGCAGGCUGACCGUCGAGGGCGUGCACCAGUUGCAUACGGAGCCUAUUAACAGUCUGGCGGUCACCGAGGGUUUCUGCAUCACCGGCUCCAGUGACCGGCGGCUGCGGGUGUGGCCCCUCGAGUUCUCCGCGUUCUUCAUGGAGAUGGAGCUGGAGGGUGAGGUCAUGGCCACGAGCGUCCGCGCAGACGGUCUCAGCGUGGCCUUUGGCACGAGGAGCGGUUCCGUGGGAGUGCUAGACGUGGGCAACCACCGAAAUCUCACUCUGCUGAGGUCACACACCGACAAGGUGCUCGCUUUGGCCAUCGACCCAAAGCAGUCCCAAUUCACGACAAUUUCCGCGGACCGAACGGUUCGAAUCUGGUCCCUGGACUCUAUGGAGCAGCUCUACGAGUUUGAUGCCCCAGGUGACUGCCCGACCUGCCUGGCGUACCACCCGUGCGAGCGCGUGAUCGCGUGCGGCUUCCAAAGCGGCAUGGUGCGCGUCUUCGCCAUCGAAAACACGACGCUCGUGCACGAGCGGCGGCAGCACAGAGGGCCCGUCCAGCAAGUGCUUUUUCUGGGGUCUGGCGACCACUUGGUCUCUUCGGGCGCGGAGGGCAACCUCUGCAUCUAUGACGCCACCCGGGAGUAUGCACCGGCCAAGAUCCUGGCGACUCCAAUGGGAAAGCGCCACGCGGAGAUGGCCGGGACUGCGGACGGGCGACAGCUGGCGACGCUAGGCCCGGACGGGAAGUCGGUAGUCCUGUACGAUACCUCAAAUUGGGCGCAGCCGCCUCGCGUGAUUCCCGCUUCCUCUACUAUCCGCAAGCUGGCCUUUUCUCCCGACGCGCGCUUCAUCUUCGCCGUCACCACUGAAGCGAGGCUGGAGAAGUAUGACGUGGCGAGCGGCCAGCUGGCGGGACGCGUUCCCGACGUGCAUCGGGGCGACUGCCAAGCUCUGGCUGUCAGUGCGGAUGGCGCCCUCGUAGCGACCGGUGGAAGCGACCGGCUGGUCAAGGUAUGGAGCACGAGCCUCGAUGAAGCUGCGCAGUCAUUUUCUGGCCAAAAUGGGACCGUCCUUUGCGCCGCUUUUACAAGUGAGCCAAGUCCAAGCUUGCUGACAGUGGGUGAAGGCAACGCCAUUCUGCGGUGGCGACUGCGAACAGACCCUUAAGCCAAACGGAGCAAGUUGGAGCACCUUGAUCUGAAAGAAUUGUAUGCGUAAGGGGUGGCUGCAGUCACACAGAAUCAGCAGUGUUUUGCAGAUGAGGCCUGAGGCGCUUCGGAUAUCCUUCUUGCUUCAAGAGAAACUUGUACCAUAUCGAAAGAGACAGCAGAACUGUAGUCACCGAGCUGUACACAAUCUCUUGUACUUUAACGCGCUGCACAGUGUAUCCAAGA